AUGGGUUCAACCAUAUCUAAAAAUAAAGCAGUUGUUUUGGCUUCUCUUGGAAUGGUAGGGGUUGGGUAAGAUUUAAUAAAUAUUUUGAAGUGCUUAUUAUAUGAAAAAAUACUAGUAAUAGUAAAAUAGUUUAGAUAAAUUAUUUUUAAAGAAUGAUUUAGAUUAAUAUUUAGAAACGAAUGAUAGAUCUAUGGAUUAGAAAUUUGAAAUGAACAAUGAUAUAGAAAUUAGAUACAAUGAAGAUCAUUGUUUAGAGGCUAGUUGUAUAGUGGAUAUAUAUGCAAAAUAGUUAGAAAUAGCAGGAGAAGAUUUUGUAAAGUUAAGUAAAUAGAAUCGAGUUUAAAGAAGGAGAUUGAGAAAAUAAAAUUAAUAAAUAUAUGUUGAUUGUAUUGUUUAAUUUAUAAUGGAUAUUGAAGAUGUUUUAGAUUAAGCAUUGAAAAGACUUUUAUAUUAAUUAGAUGUACCCAAAGAAAUAUUUGAAGAGAGUGUAUUAUUAAGAAUGGAUUAAGGAUAUUUUUAAUAAUUAUAUAUGUUGUAAGCAAGUGUUAAAUAAAAAAUAAAAGAGAAAAUUGAAUAUACUAAGAAAUUGAAUUUAAAAUAAACAAAAGACAUUAUUCAAUUUAAUGUACACAUUCUUAAAAACUUCCCUUAAGAAUAUCAUGUAAUAUUGCAUCGAAUUGUAUAUAUAAUAUGAUUAUAGAUAUAAGCAAUCAGAAUAUGUUAUGUUGGUUCCAACAAUUAUAAAUAUUAUAGUCCAAGAUUUAAUUUAUGGAAAGUUUGGUGUAGAAGAAGAGGAUUAAAUAGCUAGUCUUAAGAAUAUGUAAGGUGAUUAAGAAAUACAUAAUCUACUUAACAAAGUUGAAAUAGAAAUGAGUGGACUUCUGAAAGAAUAAGGAAUAAGAUUAAAUGAUAUUCCUGAAAGUUUAGAAAAUUUUGUUUGA